CCCACACGCAACUUCCGGGCAAACGACGAAAAAAGCUGCAAAUAUCAGUAUCCCGGCCACGUAUCAAGAACCCCUCCACCCGGUUGACACCCAUCGGCGUUCCCUCGAGUCGUGCUCUCAAGUCCUACGGCAACGUCGAACCCUUUGAGACUCCCGGACCUGGCGAUUUACAGGCGGGCCUGAAAGCCGGUUAUUCCGUCGCUUGGGCUCAAUGGAAUUCUUUGAGCGCCGAAAGCCCGAAUUCUUUGUAUGAGCACACAGCUCUCUGCUUGUCGUCGGUGAUUCGUUGCAAUGUCACACCUUCCGGAGAAAUCACUUCGAGACAUGGCCCUCGGCUCUGUACGGAGGGUGUCCACCAGGGUGCGCCGCCGUAUGCAGAUCUCCCGCGCUACACAACGGCGAGCAUAUUCUGCGGAACUUCAACAAAUGCAGAGACCGGUCCCGGUGAAAACGAACGCCCGAGUGUCUUACUCCCGUGGGAAGUUGCCGGCAACAGCUUCUACUUAUGAGUACCACAGCGAAGAGACUAUGGAAGCGCCAUAUCGACCGUUGACGCCCGUGCGUGCACCAUCCGACGCGUUCGCAGGAGUGGAUGAUUUCAGCGGGGUCUUAUUCAAUAGGAAGCCAGAUCAAUCAAAGUCUCUGGACUCGCAUCCAGAGUCUGGCGACCUGGGUGGGGCAGAAACGAUUUUCCAACGCAUGUUAAAACGCCAUCUGACGGAAAUGCGCGAAAUGGUGGAUGUGCGGGUUUUUAAUGCAUUCAUCCAAGCAUAUCUGGCGACCCCGUCGCCACCUAAAGUUGACCGAGCGAUGGACUGGUACCGUCGACUGAACUACGAGCUGAACUUGAAACCGAACGAACGCACCUUCGGAUUGUUAAUACGUCACUUCCUUAAAGCCGGCAACACGGAGCGAGUACGAGCGUUACUGGCUGACAUGUCGAGUGCGGGAAUACCAGCGGAAACGCUACUGCUGGGAGACUUAUUCGAGGAAAAGGAAGACAAAGUGUCGCUCGAAGCGUUCCUUCGAAAUGAAGGAUUGGGAACAUCGGCUGCGCAUAAGGCAGAUCAGCUGUUGUUAUCGGCCCUCGAGAACGACGACGGUCCGUCGGAUGAACGGAUAUCACCCACAGGAUCAUCUAUACUUCUUGACCUGGUAUCCGACAAAGCUCCGACGAAGGCCGCAACCAAGCCUCUCCCAGCGUUGAAGUCGGUAGACGCUCUCGGUGUCAACAUAAUGAGGAAAGCUCUGGACGAGAUGCAGGUGGCAAGUCGGGCGGACAAGUUCGAGCAGCAACAAUGGUUGGAGGAGCGGUCGGCAGCGGCCGCGGUGCAGGACUUCGAAGAAAGGCUGAAGAUCAUGCCGGAAGAUGUGCGGCGACUGACCGCUAUUCCCUCGCAAAUGGUCGCAUCAUGGCACUCCGUCUUCGUUCCUGUAUUGAAGCGGGAAAUCGAGACAAUGAAUCAGCUUCGCGAAGAUGCAGAGGAGCACGGUCUGGGGCGCUUUUUGUCGCUCCUUCCAGCGGAAAAGCUCUCGCAAAUCACCAUCUCAGCUUUCCUUCGCAGUCCCACAUCUCAGGAGAUGGAUAAAGGGAUAAUGGCAGGGCACAUGCCUAUGGCGAGGUUGUCCAUACACAUCGGAAGCACCGUUGAGAACGAAUACAACGCUCAAAAAAUGAAAGUCACGGGUUCCAAGCACAAGCUGAACUUCACGAAAGCUGUGAACAAUCUUGCUGGCCAGGGAAAGUUCCAGUCUAACACCGUUCGGAAUGUCAUGGCGCUACUGGAGCGACGGAACCUGGAACAAUCGGUGUGGAAUCCGACGUUCCCGCAAGGCAUUAAAGCCAAGAUUGGAGGCUUUCUUGUAGAGCGCUUUCUUCGAGUGGCCAUGUUCCGCAUGCAACGAACCGACCCCGAAGACCCCGACCGAAUAAUAGAGGAACACGUGCCUGCCUUCACGCAUAGUAUUCAGAACACCACGAAUACACAAAAGAUAGGGAUGAUUUCCUACCAUCCUGAGCUGUAUCAAGUCCUGGCCCGCAGCCCAACCCACGUUGAACCUUACCUGCUACCGAUGCUGGUGACCCCGCAACCAUGGUUGACCUGGCAGACGGGAGGAUACCUGCAACAUCGUGUUGAGAUGGUCCGGUAUCAAGGAGACAGGGAGGCCAAAGCGUAUUUGCAAAUUGCGGACGACGCCAGUGAACUGACACCAGUUCAAAAAGCCCUGGACAUCCUCGGUGCCGUGCCAUGGAGCAUCAACGACGCUGUGCUGGACGUUGCCGUGAAAAUGUGGAACUCGAAGCAGCACGUCACGUCCCUCCCAUCGCCAAUCGAGGAGCCUCCCGUCGAGCAGCCACCCGGUAUAGACGACGACGCUAAACUGAGGAACGAGUAUUAUAAGAAGGUGAAGGAGCGACAUGACCGGCUAGCUACGAACUUUAGUAUGCGAGCGGAUGCCAACUACAAACUGGAGAUCGCAAGAGCAUUCCUAAACGAAAAUUUCUACUUCCCACACAAUGUCGACUUCCGAGGUCGCGCCUACCCGAUCCCAGCGCAUUUGACACAUAUCGGGAACGAUUUAUGUCGUGGCCUUCUCCAGUUUGCUGAAGGCAAACCACUAGGAGAAGAGGGAUUAAGAUGGCUGAAGAUCCAGGUCGCUUCUCUGGCGGGCCAGGACAAGGCCUCGUUCGAGGACCGUGAAGCAUUUACAAUGAAGCAUCUGGCACAGGUGUACGAGUCGGCUGAUCGGCCAUUGGAAGGCACUCGGUGGUGGCUGCAAUUCGAUAGCCCGUGGCAAUUACUGGCUGCUUGUCAGGACUUGACAAACGCACUACGAUCAGACCAUCCGACGAAAUAUCUCUCACGACAGCCCAUCCAUCAAGAUGGCACAUGCAAUGGACUGCAGCAUUAUGCCGCUCUUGGAGGAGACGAACUCGGCGCGAGACAAGUCAAUUUGGCGCCAAGUGAAAAACCUUCCGACAUAUACACGGGGGUGGCCGAUCGGGUGCAGGCAUACGUUGACGAGGAUUCCAAAACAGGCGUAGAGGAGGCCAUCCUGAUGAAAAAUCGCAUCAAUCGCAAACUGGUUAAGCAAACAGUGAUGACAAACACGUACGGUGUGACAUUCAUGGGCGCUAAGACUCAGGUCAGCAAUCGCCUCAAGGAAGCCCGCGCGGCCGCUCGACAUGCCGACAAAUCACGAGAGACGUCUUUGGCAAAUGCAUCGAAUGCCGCCGUGGCGAGCCAGGAGGAUGAACUGACCGACGACCAGAUCUUGAAGUGCUCCCUCUACAUUGCCAAGAAAAUCUUCGAAGCAAUGGGAACGCUCUUCGAAGGUGCUCGAGCGAUUCAAAUCUGGUUGAGCUCCUCGGCAAAUCUGAUAGCCCGGUCUACCAACGCCAAGGACAUCCCUCCGAUGCAGCUCGAAAUGGCCGAGCAGCUUGCGAAGAUGGGAGUGCUACCUAGUGCAUUCACAGUUGCCAACGAGGUUACCACAAAUGUGAUGGACGAGCAAGAGAAGAUCAGUAGUGGUGGCCUUCUCAGCGCUCUCAUGGAAGAUCUUAACGAGGAUGCCUCCGAUGAGAUUGUGGUGGGCAUGGAUACGGCCCCGUCAGUGGCUACCGGAAACGCGUCGGACACGGUAGAGGCCGCAAAGCCCGCGUCGCUCAACGUCAAAGACGUCAGUCACAAGGUGGGGAAAACGAGUGCAGUCAUCUGGACUACCCCGCUUGGUCUACCAUGCGUACAGCCAUACCGCAAUUACGAAAUGCGAGUCAUCCAGACCUUACUGCAAACCAUUAACAUCCGCGACUGGGACUCGCCCGCCACCGUCAACCCCAUGAAGCAAUCGUCCGCCUUCCCUCCAAACUACAUCCAUUCCCUCGAUGCCUCGCACAUGAUGAUCUCGGCCGUUGCAUGUCAUGGCGUCAACGUUACAUUCGCCGCCGUCCACGAUUCGUAUUGGACACAUGCUUGCGACGUUCCCGUGAUGAACGAGAUCCUUCGUGAAUCCUUCGUCCGUCUGCAUUCAGGCGACUUGAUGAAACAGCUACGGACCGAAUUCAUGGACAGAUACCGCGGCCACAAGCUGCCGGUGGAAGUCACCCUUUCCGGCGAGCAGGCAGAGGAAUGGAAGGCUUGGUGCGAUAGCAAAGGGUACAAAUCGGGAGUAGGGAAGAAGAUGAUCAAGAAUGGGAAGGUCAAGAAGAUAGAUACGUGGGUGGACCUCGAGUUUGCGCCGUUGCCCGCGAGAGGGAACUUCGAGUUGGAGAAGGUUAAGGAUAGCAAGUACUUCUUUAACUGAAGAACGGGCCCUCGUUGUAAUGUCCCUCUCAUUUCUACAUAGUUUAUAUCUGUCCAUCGUCGAAGGCAAUAUCUGCGCUCCUGGACUUGACGGUGCUUACCGAAGGCGAGGCGGGGUUCCAUCCGAAACUUUUGUUGCCUCGAGCUGAAUCAUCCUCACUCCGAGUUUGUUUCCACCAACUUCCCUUCCACCAUCUAGGCCGCCGCCUAUAAAAGGAAGCCCGCCCUCCCAUCCCGUAAACCCUGCUGAAAACCAAUCCUCUCAGGCCUUUUGGCGAAGAUCCCAACC